AAAACAUACAUUACAAUUGAUUCAAAAUGUCGCACAAACUGUUUUUCUUGGCGGCGUUAGGCAUCAUUGUUUACACUGCAACGCCCAUACAUGCAGGCGUACUGCGUAACACUGAGCAACCAGCUGACUCGCCAUUGGAAGUGGCGCAAGCCAGAGCAAGUAAUCCGCCGGAGAGCACAAACAAUGAUCCAGCUGCGGCGGAUUCUGCAGCGCUCAGCAGAGAUCAAGAUGCAACGGUAAGGAUUGCUGUAGCUUCGCUAGAUCCAGCGCCGAGCACCGUAGAUGGCAUUGAAAUUUCUUUGGACACAAUAGAUGAGGAAAAAGAGGAGUCAGAGCAAAAAGAGGAGAAAGCAAAGCAGCCAGAAGCAGCCGCGAAGUCCAACGAUGAAACCAAUGACAGCAAAAAGGAGUUCGCGCCAGCUUUGAGCAGAGACGAAGCGGCUAGCAUUAAAGUAAACGCUCACGAAAGCGAUGACCUUGCAAAAGAUGUUCCACUGAGUAGCGCUGAGUAUGUGUCCAACGCUCCGUCAUCCUCCAAGUUGCUACUCCUCAGCACGCCACGACUCGCACGCGAGCAGGAAGAGAACAUUUCAGAGCCCGAAGAUGUUGACAUCAACACAGCUGUUUCUACCGAUGAGACCACCGAGCUGAGUGUUGAAGUGCAAACUGAGAGCGAGAAGUCCAGCGAAGAAAGCAAGGAAAGUGAAACCGAUAAACCCAACUUCAUUACGCGCGUACGCGAUGCGCUCUUUGGCAAGAAGUCAGCGGACGAGCCAACCAAAGCAGCUGACCAACCGGAUGGGAAAGAAGAAGACAAAAAACCGAUUGCGAAAGAAACAGAGCAGCAAGAUAAAGAGGCAGUCAAGAAAGAAAACGACGAUGUGAGUGUACCUGUUGCUGCUGCUGCUGCUGCCGAACAGGCACCCGAGACGCAAAAUAACAAUGCCGCAACGGCAGUGCUCAUCGAAACCGAGGCCGAUUAUGUGCUCGUCGAUUCGGAUGUAGAGCACCUGGAACAUUUGGGCAGUUUCACGCACGCCGAUAGCGAGGAAUAUCUGCAGCCGAUUGUACACUCGGUGGAAGUGGUGCCAACGCAUUUCGAAGAACCGUUGCUGUUCACGAGUAGUUACGUGCAUGCCUGGUAGCCGCUUGGCGUAAGCUGAAUGGGAAAGAAAUUAUUGUUAGCUUAGUUUUAAUGGAAUCAUUUACAUAGUUUCACCAAAGCACAAUUCUAUUUUGACGCACUACCCUCAGAGCUCCAAACUACAUACUCCUUUUUCGUUUUUAUAGCUAAUAGUCAUUGUAGUUUCUUACAUAUGUAGUUUUAUAUUUUCAUAUUCGCAUUAACGAUUCUUUCUAUAAACGAAAUUAAUGUUUUUAUAACGAAAAA